AUGUGUCGCAACACUCCCCUGGUCGCCUGUUAUCCUUCCUUCCACCCUCUCUCCUCCACACAGACCCCUGAAGCCUUGAGAGAGCUCGCCUCGCUGCUGCUGCCGCUGCACUUUGCCUCUGUGGAGCAUGAGUUGCCAUCAUGGGAGUACCUCCCCAGCUGCGCCCCUAGGCCGCGGGCAGGCUAUGCGGGUCUCAAGAACGCAGGAGCCACGUGCUACAUGAACAGCGUCUUCCAGCAGCUCUUCAUGCAGCCCCAAGUGCGCCAGGCCCUCCUUGCCUUCCCUGAAACGCCCGAGUCCGACCGGCCACUAUCUGUGAUCUAUCAAGUGCAGGUCAUCUUCAGCUAUUUGCUAGCAGGCUGUCCUGACUACUUCGUGCCAGAGGGCUUCUGGGAUGCCUUCAGGGACUACGAUGGGCAGCCGGUGAAUCUGAGGGAGCACCAGGACGCGUUUGAGUUCUUCAACCGCCUCUAUGAUUCGCUGGAUGAGAGCAUGAAGGCACAGCGGCACUCUCCUACUCUCACUUCCAUUUUUGGAGGGGCCUUUGCUCAGCAGUACGCACGUGGCCAUUGUGAGUUCUUCAACCGCAUCUACGACUCGCUGGAUGAGAGCAUGAAGGCGCAGAGACACUCCCCCACGCUUACCUCCAUAGUCGGGGAAGCUUUUGCCCAGCAGAUCAUCUGUCGCGGUUGCCCCCAUCGCAGUGAGAGGGAGGAGCCAUUUGCAGCAGUGAGUGUGGACGUGAAGGGGAAGCGCGGGCUGCAGGAGUCGCUAGAGGCGUUUGUGCAGGGCGACUUGCUCGAGGCAGAUAACGCCUACUUCUGUGGGCAGUGCGGCAAGAAGGUGGAUGCAUUAAAGCGUGCGUGCAUCAAGACCCUGCCGUCCACCCUGAUAAUCCACCUGAAGCGCUUUGACUUUGACUAUGAGACGAUGCAGCGGCUGAAGCUGAAGGACCGAUUCACCUUCCCGCUCUCUCUCAACAUGCGACCCUUCACCCGGGAGGGACUUGCUCAGAAGGAAAGAGAGCAGGGGCGGGGGCGGGUAGGGGGUGCAGAUAGGAAGGAGGAGGGGAGGGAAGAGGGGACGGAGGAGGGGAGGGAUAGAGGGGAGGGGGAGGAGAGGGCGCAGGGGAGGGGGGAGGAGGAGGGGAAAGGAGGGAAAGGGGUUGGAGAGGUUAGGAAUGAAGGGGGUGCGGAGGAGAAGGGAGGUGAAGGUGGGGAGGAGAGGAGUGAUGGGUAUUACGAGUAUAGCCUGGUAGGGGUGGUGGUGCAUUCAGGGACGGCGUUUGCAGGACAUUAUUACUCGUACAUCAAGGAGAGGAGCGGCGACUCUCCGCUGCAUCACAGCCGUCCAUCUCAAUCUGUGCGGUCAAAGCAGCGGUGGCUGUGCUUUGACGACAAGCGAGUGGAGGCGUACGAUGUGAGGGAGCUGGAGAAGGACUGCUUCGGAGGGAAGUACUCCGCUGAGGUGUACGACAACCUCAUCAAGACCACGUCACCUCAGUACUCCGCUGAGGUGUAUGACAACCUCAUUAAGACCACGUCGCCUCAGUACUCUGCUGAGGUGUAUGACAACCUCAUUAAGACCACGUCGCCUCAGUACUCCGCUGAGGUGUAUGACAACCUCAUUAAGACCACGUCGCCUCAGUACUCCGCUGAGGUGUAUGACAACCUCAUUAAGACCACGUCGCCUCAGUACUCCGCUGAGGUGUAUGACAACCUCAUUAAGACCACGUCGCCUCAGUACUCCGCUGAGGUGUAUGACAACCUCAUUAAGACCACGUCGCCUCAGGUAGGGACAGGACAACCUCAGGUAGGGGAGAAGGGAAUCCGGCAGGUAGGGGAGAAGGGAAUCCGGCAGGUAGGGGAGAAGGGAAUCCGGCAGGUAGGGGAGAAGGGAAUCCGGCAGGUAGGGGAGAAGGGAAUCCGGCAGGUAGGGGAGAAGGGAAUCCGGCAGGUAGGGGAGAAGGGAAUCCGGCAGGUAGGGGAGAAGGGAAUCCGGCAGGACGUGCUAUCUCGCAUGCUCGACGCUAACAGCACAGCCUGUCGCCUCUUCAAUGCGCGCAUGGCGGGCAACAGGCGGUGGCUCUUGCACUUCCUCCUCAAGUGCCCCAUCAAUGCCAUAUCCGUGGUAUGUGCUCUCCACAUGCUUUGCUUUCCCGUAGGAGGGGCGGCAGGUGCAUCGGGGGAAGAUGCAUUGAAUGUGGACGCGUUGAUUGAUUCGCUGGUGUCGCUGCUGAGGGACGCCAGUGGCCCCUCAUGCCACGUUGACAAUCUCUGCAGCAUAUUGGUAGAGUAUGCACGCAUCGGCCCCACCCAGCGCCUCUCCCUCAUUCGCAGACAGCUGCCUGCCACCUGUCUUGACUAUCUAGACCGAGUGGGGAUCGCAGCAGCAGCCAAGCUGCAUCUCUCGCCCCUCCACUCCCUCCUCUCCAUCCUCGUCCGCUCCUGCUACCCCCGCCCUCCCCCCUCUCGCCGCCCCGUCCCCGCUUCCACCCCUGCAUCUGGGGGGAACGAGGGGUGGGAUGAGGAGGGGGAAGGGGAAGGGGACGAGGGGGGAGGGGAAGUAAGGGCGCAUGUAAGGGGGAGGAGAAAGGGGGAGGGGAGGUCGCAUGGGAGGGAGGAGAAGGGCAAGGGGAAGGCAGGGCAAAAAGGGGCAGAGAGGCGGAGGGGGCAUGGGGGGGUUUCUGCAGGGGCUGCAGGGGCGGCAGGGGCAGUGGGGGGGGCGGAAGAGGAGGGGGGGGAGGAGGAGGACGCUGGGUUGCAAAAUCCGGCUUUUUUUGGCCGGCCGGUGGCAGUGCUGCCACCCCGUGUGGCUCAGCUUGCAUCAGACCCUGAUUAUGUCAAUCUGCUGAUCACAUCCAAUCUGGACAACCAAGACACCAUCUCUCUCCUCCUCUACAUCUCCUACGGCAACGAGAGCGAAAGCAUCACCGUGCUCCGCGAGGCCAUGAGCUCUCUGCAACGAGCAGCAGUCACGUCGUCUCGUCGCAUUCUCUCCCUGCUGCUGCACCUGCUCAAGUUGCCAGAUGCCCUUCAAGAGGCGCGCCAGGAGUCAGUGGUGAACGGCUGUCAGUUCUUCCGCCCAGGCGUCUUCGACCUCCUUCUUGCCAAGCAAGUAUCCCCUCUGAAGCGCUACGCGCUCCUGAAAUUCCUCCUGGCAACAGCGGCCUUCAGCACCAUGUCACGGCGCCACAUUGCAAUGAGGAGAGCAGACCUGAGCGCCGUGCUGCAGUGGCUGCAGGAGGAGACUGCCAACGCGCCCGGGCACGACCUGUCCAAUGAGGAGCUGCCAUCUGGCACGCUGCGCCGCACCGCCACUGUGGAUUCAACUAUUGCCACAGGGCUGAGCCUGAUCAGCCUGCCGCACGAACCCAAUGCAUGA